UGACGUCAAGCAAUCAAUAGUCAGGGUAGUGCUACGUCGGCAGCAGACAUCAACAAACCGCUUAAAAAUGUUGCCGAUAUUAUUUUUCCUCCUCGCUUUACGUGGAUUUAAUUGUGAACCUGAAACGGUUAGGGAAAACUUCGACUACUUCAGUUACGGGCCUGAAGAUGAUCUUUUGAAAAGUUUAAAUUUACACUUGCCUAAGGAGGAAAUAGUGCUAAGACCCCAAGAAGUGAAGGACUGGCCGCAACAGUCCCUGAACGUGGGUCAGAUUACGGCGGUUUCUAUCAAUUCUUUGGGACAGCCGGUCAUUUUCCAUAGAGCUGAAAGAAUAUGGGACGAAAGUACAUUCAACGAGUCCAAUGUAUAUCAGAACUUGGACAAAGGACCGAUAGUAGAAGACACAAUCCUAGUAUUGGACCCACAUACCGGCUCCGUACUUCACAGCUGGGGGGCCAAUGCGUUUUACAUGCCUCACGGCCUUACAGUUGACCAUCAUGACAACGUUUGGGUCACGGAUGUGGCUAAACAUCAAGUUUUUAAGUACACCCCGCUGAACCACAAAUACCCCACCCUGACGAUCGGCGAAGCCUUCACAGCGGGCUACCCCUACCGUCGCCGAGUCCUCCUCUGCAUGCCCACAUCAGUCGCUGUUGCCACUACGGGCGAAAUCUUCGUCGCCGACGGCUAUUGCAACAACCAAAUCCUCAAAUUCAACGCAGCAGGAAAACUUCUACUCGAAAUCCCCAUGUAUUCCGACACGCUUACCUUAAAUCUUCCACACAGUGUUACUCUGUUGGAGCAUUUAGAUAUGGUAUGUGUCGCUGAUAGAGAGAAUAUGAGGAUCGUCUGCCCGAAAGCUGGAUUGAAGAGCUACAUCAAAAUGUUGGACCCAGCUACGAUUAUUGAAGAUCCGACUUUAGGCAGAGUUUUCGCUGUCGCGUCGCAUGGAGAUACGAUUUACGCUGUAAAUGGACCUACGUCGCAGAAUAUUGCUGUAAGAGGAUUUACCGUGAACGCUAUGACUGGGAAUAUUUUGGAUACUUGGGAACCUACUGCGGGAUUCACUAACCCUCACUCUCUUGCCGUGACCAGAAACGGAUCCCAUCUCUACGUCACGGAAAUCGGACCCAACAAAAUAUGGAAAUUCGAGUUGACCGACGUAUACGACAAGUAGGAAAAUUACCUUAAAAAUUGACAUAGUGCUAUGCAACAUACUUCGUCCUAUUUGCUGACAUAUUCGUGUUGCAGCAGCCAUGUUUGCGCAAAUAGCGCGAAGUGUGCGGCGGGCAUUAUAUUAUUUAACGAAAUGCAUAUAAUCAGAAUGUUGAAAUGAAAUGAAAUGAAAAGCGCGAAUGAGAUUCGCUUAUGGUUGAGUGCGUUAAGAUUCAGAUGGAGAUCUAGGUAAUACUUUUAAUUUCUUAAGCUUUUCCUUACAAGGAACUAAAAGCUACGAAGCUCCAAAGCUUACCUACGGCUAUUUAGUUCCUAAAACUCCCAUUUAUCAGUAUUAUAUAACUGUUACUAAAUAGAAUAUAACGCUUGGAUCUUUAACUUCUUGUAGUGUUAUUCCGUUGAAAAUAUCCUGCCAUAUGACUAGAUAGCCACCGUUAUACCUAUUUGUAGAAGAUAUAUCGCGUUUGAACUAGGUUCGACGCUAUGCGCACAGAGUUCGAUAUAUAUAGACAUGACUAAGAGUAUUUUAUAAUGUCUUCGCAUAGGUUAAGCUACAUAAGGUUCCUUGGGAACAUUCCUUUUUCACAAUUAUACCCUCUUUAGCUGCCUCUUUCUCUGUAGUUUCUAUACCUUUUCUAUAGCCUAUUUCUUCUAAAACUAGAAAGUUUAAAAUAAGCUUACAGAAGAAAACUAUUUAAACAUAAUUUUGAAAACAGAGUACUCAACAAUGUAUAGAGCUAUAAACAUGUGCUAUAAAUUUGUUAUUCAAAUUGUUCUCCAGAUUAGUUAAAUUAAACGCAUUAAAUUGUUAACCCUUGCCUAAAACAAAAAUAGUAAUGAGGUAACAAGUAUGUUAUGAGAUGUCAGAACUUAAUUUGAAAAUGAAGGGCUGAUGGAACUGUUCGGACAAGAGAUAAUAUCUUAUAAAACUGACUACAACUAAACUAUUUUCAGAUUAAGAACAAUAAAUGUAUAUUUUAUGUACAUACAUAAAUAAGUAUUACACGACAACCGCGCUAUAAGAACGUCAAUUACUGCUAUCCAAUUUUCUAUUACAAUCAAAUGGUUUAAAGAA